UGUCAAUUGUCACUGUUUAAUUGCGGCUGGUUUUUGUGAAAACACGCGAAAUUUGUGCAAUAAAAUAUCAAAAUGCCGAAGAAGAAGCCAAUGCCGGACAUCUCGAAAGAGGAGAAAAUGGUCAUCGUUAUAUCGGAGAUAAUACAAGAGCUGCAGGCGGCGCAUCGUCAGGGAAAAGAUGUUAACCUUAACAAAAUGAAGACGAGGAUUUCGUCGAAGUACGGUCUGGAUACGUCUCCAAGACUGGUGGACAUCAUAGCAGCCGUGCCAUCGGAUGCGAAGAGUUACCUGUUGCCUAAGCUGAAAGCGAAGCCGAUACGAACGGCAUCUGGGAUUGCGGUCGUUGCCGUGAUGUGUAAGCCGCACCGUUGUCCGCACAUAAAUUUUACAGGCAACAUAUGCGUGUACUGCCCCGGCGGGCCGGAUUCUGAUUUCGAAUACUCCACGCAGAGUUACACGGGCUAUGAGCCGACAUCCAUGCGAGCUAUAAGAGCCCGCUACAAUCCGUAUUUGCAGACGCGUCACAGGAUCGAGCAAUUGAAACAGCUGGGGCACAGUGUUGAUAAAGUGGAGUUCAUUGUUAUGGGUGGCACUUUUAUGAGCUUGCCGGAGGAAUAUAGGGACUACUUUAUAAGGAAUCUCCAUGAUGCACUAUCCGGCCACACUUCUAGCAGUGUUGCUGAGGCUGUGAAAUACUCAGAGAAGGCCAAAACCAAGUGUAUUGGCAUCACUAUCGAGACUAGGCCGGAUUACUGCCUGCAACGGCAUAUGAGCGACAUGCUUAACUAUGGGUGUACUAGGUUGGAGAUAGGUGUGCAGUCUGUGUAUGAAGACAUUGCCAGGGACACUAACAGAGGCCAUACAGUGAAAGCAGUCUGUGAGAACUUCAAUUUGGCCAAGGAUGCUGGAUUUAAGAUCGUAGCACACAUGAUGCCCGACCUGCCCAACGUGGACCUCGACCGUGAUGUAGAACAAUUCAAGGAGUUCUUUGAGAACCCAGCGUUUAGGGCCGAUGGGCUCAAGAUAUACCCCACUCUGGUGAUCAGGGGCACCGGGUUGUAUGAGCUGUGGAAGACAGGGAGAUACAAGAGCUACCCACCAUCCACACUGGUGGAUCUGAUCGCAAAGAUUCUGGCUCUGGUGCCGCCGUGGACAAGGGUUUAUAGAGUGCAGAGAGACAUUCCGAUGCCUUUAGUAUCAUCGGGUGUGGAACAUGGCAACCUGCGUGAGUUGGCACUGCAGCGAAUGGCCGAUCUGGGAACCGAUUGUCGAGAUGUAAGGACCAGGGAGGUGGGGAUACAGGAGAUACACAAUAAAGUGAGGCCGUAUGAGGUGGAACUGGUCCGUCGCGACUACGUGGCGAACGGCGGUUGGGAGACGUUCCUCUCCUACGAGGACCCCGACCAGGACAUCCUCGUUGGCCUGCUGCGCCUGCGCAAGUGCGCCAAGGACACGUACCGGCCCGAGCUGAAGCCGGGCAAGGGUUCCACCUUCAGCCAGUGCAGUAUUGUGCGGGAGCUGCACGUGUACGGCUCUGUUGUGCCGGUGAACGCUCGCGAUCCAACGAAAUUCCAGCAUCAGGGCUUCGGUAUGCUGUUGAUGGAGGAGGCGGAACGUAUAGCUGUCGAGGAACAUGGCUCCGACAAAAUGGCCGUCAUUUCCGGUGUCGGCACUAGGAACUAUUACGCGAAGAUCGGUUACCACCUCGAAGGACCAUAUAUGGUUAAGAUGUUGGCCUAAAAUGUACUGUGUCGAAUAAAUGUUAUACAGUUGAUUUUUCUUUGUUAUUUGGACUGAAAGAAACGUUGUUGUUAGGUGUUUUACUAUACGUUCCGUUUUUCUCUAAUAUGAAGUGUUUUGAAGUUUGCUUAAGCACAAAUAUUAUGUAUUGUUAAUACUUUGGCUCUUUUAGUACCAGUUAACUUCAGAUAAAAAACUGUUAUUUUUAUUAUUGUAAUUGGAUGAAUGGAUGUGUUGAAAAUGUAUUGUUUUUGCAUAACAUAAUAUUUUAUGUAUACCUAUUUUAUGGGCAGAUUGGUUGAAUGUAAGGAGAAUUUUUUGGAAACCAGAAUCUUUGUAACAUAAAUAUUCUUUGUCUUAGUUUUUUCUUUAUUAUUCUUUGAAGUCAGUCUUUGAGACGCCAUUGUUAUGUAUAUUUGUUUGGUUUUUAGCGUAUAAGGAAAUUAAGUGUCUAUGCAUAUAUUAUAUCGAUGAUGAUAUUACGAAUGCAUCAAAUAUAAGACGUAAUAUUAGAUAUUAAGUAUCUUGGGGUUACGUACUACAUUAUUAGAUUUCGGGAAGGGGAUUAAA